GGUUACCCAGAGUGCUCCGCGCGGGGGCAGCUCACUGGAGUUUGGUUCUCGAGGCGGCGGCGGCAGCAGCGGCGACGGCUCCGGCGGCUCCUCCUCCUCCUCUGGUGGCGGCGGCGCCCCGGGCCUGAGCCCCGGCCCCGGCUCCCCUCUCCGCCACCCCGCGCGCCCCCACUUCCCCCGGUGCCGCGGGGAACAUGAGGCUCCGCUCCCGGAGGCAGGCGAGUGAGUGACCCCGUCCCCCGCCUCAGCCCGCCCGCCCGCUGGCCCGGCCGCUCCCCCCCCGCCUCGCCCAGGCAAUGACAGCGGCUCCGCCGUCUCCGCAGCAGAUCAGGGACCGGCUGCUGCAGGCCAUCGACCCCCAGAGCAACAGCAUCUCCCACUCUACCCACCUCAUCCCACAGCACCCUGCUCCAGGACCCAGGAGCAACUUCAUACUUCACCCUUUUGGAAAAUAUUUACAUGGCAGGAGGCAUAGCCAUGGUCACGUCCUUUGAUCAGAUCCGGAACAUGGUGGCGGUGCAGGAAGUCAUCUCCAGCCUGGAGAAAUACCCCAUUACCAAAGAGGCACUGGAGGAAACCCGACUUGGGAAGCUCAUCAACGACGUCCGCAAGAAGACAAAGAACGAGGAGCUCGCCAAGCGGGCCAAGAAGCUGCUGCGGAGCUGGCAGAAGCUCAUCGAGCCCGUGCACCAGAAUGAGGCUGCACUGCGGGGGCUGGCGGGUGCCCCCGGCUCGGCCAACGGGGGCGCCCAUAACUGCCGGCCGGAGGCAGGGGUGGCCGGCCCGCCCAAGAGCAUCCAUGACCUGAAGAACCGCAAUGACAUCCAGAGGCUGCCCGGGCAGCGGCUGGACAGGCUGGGCAGCCGCAAGCGCCGGGGGGACCAGCGUGACCUCGGUCACCCUGGGCCACCUCCCAAGGUCUCCAAAGUGAGCCACGACUCCCUGGUAGCCAACUCGUCCCCCCUCCCCACCAACGGGAUCAGUGGGAGCCCUGAGAGCUUCCCCGGCCCCCUGGACGGCAGUGGGCACGUGGGCCCCGAGGGCAGCCGCCUGGAGCACAGCGAGAAUGACAAGCACAGUGGCAAGAUCCCCGUCAAUGCCGUGAGGCCACACACCAGCUCCCCGGGCCUGGGCAAGCCCCCCGGGCCCUGCCUGCAGACGAAGGCUGCGGUGCUGCAGCAGCUGGACAGGGUGGACGAGACUCCAGGUCCCCCCCACCCCAAGGGGCCGCCUCGCUGCUCUUUCAGUCCCCGGAACUCACGGCACGAGGGCUCCUUUGCCCGGCAGCGGAGCCCGUACACAUACAAGGGCUCCGUGCCCAGUCCCUCGCCUCGGCCCCAGUCACUCGAUGCCACGCAGGUGCCAUCACCGCUUCCGCUGGCCCAGCCGUCCACGCCCCCCGUGCGGCGGCUCGAGCUGCUGCCCAGCGCAGAGAGCCCGGUACGCUGGCUGGAGCAGCCUGAGGGCCACCAGCGGCUCGCGGGGUCGGGCUGCAAGGCAGGGCUGCCACCGGCCGAGCCCCUCCUGCCCCGGGCAGGCUUCUCCCCGGACUCCUCCAAGGCAGACAGCGAUGCUGCCUCCUCCGGUGGCUCGGACAGCAAAAAGAAGAAGAGGUACCGGCCUCGUGACUACACGGUUAACUUGGACGGGCAGGUGGCCGAGGCAGGUGUCAAGCCUGUCCGGUUAAAAGAGCGGAAGCUCACCUUUGACCCCAUGACGAGACAGAUCAAACCUCUGACCCAGAAAGAGCCAGUGCGGGCUGACAGCCCUGUGCACACAGAGCAGCCGAGGACAGAGCUGGACAAGCCCGAGGCCAAGGCCAGCCUCCAGAGCCCUUUUGAACAGACGAACUGGAAGGAGCUGUCGCGCAACGAGAUCAUCCAGUCCUACCUGAGCCGGCAGAGCAGCCUGCUCUCGUCGUCGGGCGCACAGACCCCGGGCGCUCACCACUUCAUGUCCGAGUACCUGAAGCAGGAGGAGAGCACUCGGCGCGGGGCCCGGAAGCCGCACGUGCUGGUGCCUCACGGCCCACCCACGGACCUCCCAGGGCUAAGCCGUGAGGUCACGCAGGACGAUCUGGACAGGAUCCAGGCCCAUCAGUGGCCGGGGGUGAACGGGUGUCAGGACACACAGGGUAACUGGUAUGACUGGACGCAGUGCAUAUCGCUCGACCCGCACGGCGACGACGGGCGGUUGAACAUUCUGCCUUAUGUCUGCUUAGACUGACUGGCCUGUCGGGCUCUAAGUGCAUUCCCACCUUGCAGUCAGCCAUAGAGGGCGGGCGCCAGGGCCCGGCCGCCUCCAGUGGUUGGGAAUCCGGAGUGGGGGGUGGGGGUCCGGCCCAGGGUGGGAGGGAGAGGGAGCGAGAGUCUCUAGGUCUCUCUGUGCUCUUCCCUCAAAAUUCUCCUUCUUUUGUGAAAUGCUGCUACCAGUUUACUAACAAAAUUGCAAAGGAAGGACCACGUGGAAGGAAGGCCAGCAAAGUGAGUUCAGAACUCUAUAGCAAACCAGCUAUAAAAAGCGUUAGCCCCCCACCCCGGAAGAGGUGCGGACGCUUCCCAGCCCCCGGUGAGCUGGGACCUCAGUUGCAGGCAGGCACAGAAAACCUGUGGAAGAGGUUACCUUUAACACAGCAACAGAAGCACGCAUCUCAUCUCUGCAUUUUCUGUUUUUUAACAUGGCCCUGAGUGUUUGAGGCAGUGGGCAACGCUGUGGCCUCUGUUUGCACCCCACCUGGCCAGCUUUUCCAUCAUGGUGCCAGAAGCUUCUCAGCUGUAGCGAGCUGCUGGCAUCAGGCAGGCCAGCUUGCCAGCCAGUUUGACCCAUGCUCCCUGGGCGUCCACACAUUUGUAUCUGGUUUCAGUUACAACCCAGUUUUUAAAGAAAUGCUGCAAAAAUUUAAGUUUUCUAGAGUUUAUUUUACCCCCCUCUUCCAUCUGACCGUCAGACGAAUAACUUUCCUUGUUCCUCCCUCUUCAUUUUCCCCUUCCUGCACAUAUCUAGAAAAGUUCACCUUUCUAGAGUCCCCUCCCCAAAAAACACAAAAGUAACUGUGGGUGCUACUGGUGUGUAAGCUGUACUGUUGGGUGAGAAGAGACCUGUCUGUACGCUGGAAACACUCAUAACCAUUCCUUUAGAUUCGUUUGCCUUAUGGUUAUUUGUCAUAAACGCGAUUUGCAAAAACAAGGAGCCUUAGUGAAUGUACAGUACCUAGACUUCUGUGUUCUCAGGACGCAGAAGGGAGCAACUUUGCUAUUUGGUCCAGUAAGUGGACACCUUGUGAUAUAAAUGUGGAAAUAAAAAAAAAAAAAAAACAUUUGCACAAACCAGUCUGAGAACUGUUUUUAAUUUGGUCCUUUACAGCCAUAUCAGCCCUUUCUGGAUUCUGGAUUAGCCAAGACCUGGACCCCAUAUCCACGGUUCAGGCCCCACAGCUAGCCAGACCGUGGGGAGGUGGGCAGGGCAAAGUCACCAAGUCAGCCUAUUAGCCUUCUGCAUGGAGACUGACCUCCACCUUGCCUUUCAUUCACUCAGGGCCACGAUGCCUCUUCCAUCUCUAGAGUCACCUGCUAGCUUUGGGUGACAGACCAAGGGGCCACAUCCGUCUCCAUCCAGACCUCAUCUUCCCCAGAAAGAAGCCCUCCCAAGCUAUGUUUGGCAGCCUAGCCCUUGGCCCUAGCCCCAGGCUGCCAACUCCCCAUGCAGGCCUGGGGUUGUCUUACUAUGUGGCUGGGGCUGACUUUUUAAAAAAUAACUUUUCUUCCUUGACUAUAAAGUGAUAAUCUUUUAAUUCUUCCCCCUUGUCUCUGAAACCGUAUGCUUCGGCUUUCUAGUUUUUUUCACUCUGGCAUAGGUCUUCUUGUCCAUAUCUACUUAAUUUCACAGGUAAGGAAGCAGCUACCCCUUUAGAGGGGCAGCCCCAUAGGGCAAACCAAGGGGUCCAGGAACAUUCAGUCAACCCAGAACCACAGUUUCAGAGCCAGGGGGGAAUUCUGACAUAGCCUUGGUGCAGGACACACCCACUCCUAGAAAAAGUAGGUGACUAACUUUAAGGGCAGUGUGAGGUUGAACUCUGCCCCUGCCAUCUACCAUCUGUAUGGAUCUGGGCUAAUCACUUUACUCCCAUGCACCUGUCCCCAUUUGGGAGAUGCAAGUGCUACCUCAGAGUUGUGAGGACUAAAAUCAUCAAACUUUAGGGGGGAAAAAAAGCAUGUCAGCAGGACCAUUUGUGCUGUGGAGUAACUAGUUUCCUAAGCCCACAGUACCUGUUUUCUCCUUUGUAAUAUGGCCAGCUGACAUGUGGGUAUCCUGAGGGUGACAUUAUUCUUGUGACAAAGGGUCACAGGCACAGCUGGAAGCUGUUAGGGUGCAGGUUGCCAUCCAAUGAGCCUGUCCUCUCAGGCCUGGGCUUUGAGGGAGGUCACUGCUCCCCCACCCCCUGCAGGGACCACCUUUCCUGUGUCUGAGUAUCUGGUAAGCCCUAGGGUACAGAUAUUGCCUGCCUCUGAGAACACAAGGUUAAGCUAAGACCUGCCACCAACAUUUGGGGGAUCAAGUUGGGCUGUCACUUUUUAAUUUGCCAAGUAAGGACACGGUAGAAGGAAAUUUUAACACUCUCUAUCCCCCCAAAAGUUGGAAGUACAUGAUUUUUCGAACAAAGUCCUUUAGUAUAAGAUCAUCUUGCCGAAAACACCGUUUUGUUUUCCUCCGUUGCGGCUUGGGGCUGCUCUAUCCCAGCCGGUCCUUGGGCGUCAGCAGUCGAGGCCAAAACCACGCCCCUCCCUCCUGCAGAUCCCUAGAGACAGGUGUCCGAAGAGGCUGCCAUUACCACGGCUCCCAAAUUGGCCGGAGUACCUAAGCCACGUCGCUUCCCUUCUCUGGGCUUCGGUCCGUCAGUCGGUGAAAUGACGAUGGUAAUACCAUCUUCGUUUCACCGCACAGCGCACAUCGAGUUCCCAGAACGUGCUCCGGAGCGCUCUGAGGUUGGCCCCUCUGUUGGAGUCCAGCCACGGGAGUUCGCUCCCGGUUUGCAGAAAGAAUUUAGCCCAAGGAGAGGUUUUUACAAUUCGGUUUCUCUCCCCGAAAGGUCUGGUCUUUUACCUUCG